AAGUAGUUUCCUGUAUCCGGCAAAGGGCGCGAGGUUUAUAUUGCUACAAAUCUUCAAGAUAGUCUAAAGAGUGCUUACUUUUUGUACUUUUGUACUGAUAUCCUCUACUUGACUAUUACCAGAUGUGUUUCGAACAAUCUCACUGCGUUUUGGUCUCACUUUAACACUUUAUGUUGAAUGUCGUGUCGUUAUGAAAGUUAGUAGUGUUCCUCAGCGUCAUGGUGGGACAAACGAUACAAAAUAGGGAUGAUCCAAGUCUCUGGGAAUGGAUUUAUCUCCAGGAAGCAUGUACGAUACUUUGACAGAAGACCUCUGGAAAGAACUGGGACCAGUGGACCCAGACUGGUUCAAUGUUUUAACAGCGAAAGCAUCCGCUGCUCUUGAGGGAAACGCCUCAGAUCAGGAGGACCUAUGUGCAAACCAAGAGGCAAACUUCAAAACACCUUUGGAGAAAACCACAGUGGAAAGUCAGUUGUUUUCAACACCAAAAGUAUUCAGACGUGCAUGUGUUUUGUUCCCGGACACUGAAGACGAACAAGAAAAAGAAACCGCUCCAUGGGUUACAAGAAGUCCAUAUCUGUUUCAUCUUUCAAAAGAGACGACCAAGGGUUCAAAAUAUGGAGAGGCACAGCCCCACACUCGCGACUGUUUUGAUCUGCUUCAUACACCACAAAAAUCCCCACUGAGCUACGCCCAACACAUACCCGAAAGCCUCAGUGCAAUCAUUCACCCAGACAUAUCAUGGACCAGCUCUCUGAAUACACCACCUGCUCUAGCGUCCACCCUGAUUUUAUCUAAAACCGAUGAAAGUCCUUGCUCUGAGACAUUCUUUGAUGACAAGAGUGUUGUGUUUGUUCGGAAGCUCUUCCCUUCUCUUUCAAAUGUUUCCAGAAAUGAAGCAACAUCACCCCAAAGCAAUGACCUGUCUGUGAUUGUAGAAGAUGCUGACCCUCCAGAGGUUGCUUCUCAUCCUGAGUCCCCAAAGUCAAAUUCCCAAAACCAGAGCGAGGGCAUCUGGAGACAGAAACUCCCACACGGCAAUGAGGACGAGGGAAUUUGCAGCACAGUCGCCAAUGCUCUCGAGAGACAGGAGAACACCCCGUCAGUGGAUCUUGCCAACACCCAUUUGGCGCUGAGAAAGGUGAAGGCUGACAAUACAAAAACGAGGCAAUCUAUUUUGGCCAAAGAACACAACAGCAGCUCCGCAGAGUCCAAGCCUGCAUCCAUUGAACAAAGAGAAUCUGAUGUGGCGACCGCUCUAAAAAGUCCUGUGAAAAGUGAAGAGGCUGUACUCACACAAUGGUCACCAUUGAGUUUAUCUGAGAUUCCAGCCACCUCUGUGGAAACUAAUGUUGCUACACUACAAGAUGCAAGUACAGCACAAGUAGAGAGUCAAUGCAAGUCUGAUCACCCAGUCAGACCAUCUGUGAAUAUACCUGACUCCGCAUUCAUCAAGAAAAAGAGAGCAUUUGUCUACACAAUUGACAAGGAAAGGCUGAAGGAGAAAUCUUUUCAAGGCCAUAACCCACAUGGUAAGAGGAGUCCUCAAGCCAAGGAUGAAGCAGACUUCAGCAGUAAACAUCUGCAACAGGGACACAUCUCUGAAGAAAAGCUGCCUCCAUCUCAUUGCUCAAGCAUGCAGGAUUUGGAUAUGUCGCAGCUUUGCAGAGCAUUUGCGCAUGAUUUCAGUCAAACUUCCAACUCUGUCGCACCACCUAAGGUAGCGCAGCUUUCUCCUCCACCUCUUUAUAGCGACGGCUUCUCUUCAUCAGCAUGUCUGACUGCAUUGAAAGUGGCUCGACAGGAAGCCAAGAGGCAUGCAAGCCUUAGUUGCGUGCGUAAAAAGUCUCUUAAUAAAUCCCAUGAGGGCAUCACAGAGGAAGCAUCAGGUGACAGCGGCUUCAUGUCAGCCAGUGCUGACAUCUCUCAUGUGACUGCUUCCUCUGCUUUCCCAAGCGAGGGGAAACCGGGUCCUAGUGCACAAUGUAGCACCCUUUUGAAGUAUACAAGUAAAGAACUUAAAACACACAUUGAUGGCACCUUAUGCACUAAGGACACACCAGUACAGUCACUCAGCUGUCCAAAAGCGGAUGGCGACAACAUAAACUGUGCUUCAGGUUCAGUUCAAUUUGAGUAUCAUGAAAGCGAGAACGCUGUUUCGCUUCCCUCUAUACAGGCAUCAGGGUUCAAAACUGCGUCGGACAAAAGAGUAAGCAUAUCAAGCGUUAAUCUUCAGAAGGACCAAAGUCUCUUGGAGGAGACUGAAGCACAAACACUUCUCAGUGAUCAAACCAUCAAAGUUCCUGCAGCUGCAACUGUGGCUUUAGGCUCAGGCCAAAAAGUGGAUGACUGCCAGCUAACCGACUCCCAGAGGGCAGAGGUAAUGGAGCUGUGCACACUCCUUGAAGACGCUGACAGUCAGUUUGAAUUCACUCAGUUUAGAACUGCAAAGUCAACCCAAUCGGGCAGAGGAAGUGGCGUCCCAUGCCCAAAAGCGGACAGAAAACUUGAUCCCAACUUCCUGUCGGGGAUCGAUUUUGAUGAUAGUUUUGAGGCAGAAAAGCAAGCGACCAAUCUUAAACAAUCCAAUCUCCCAAGAAUACCUCCAAUUGCACCUUUGCCCAGUUUUAUUGAAACGAACGACAGGACAACUUUUGCCUUCCCUUCUGGGAUCCCACCUCGAGGAAGCACAUCCAAAACAGCACAAGGAAACUUGUUGAGAGUUUCCAAAAAGUGUUUGAGGAAAGCCAGAGCUUUAUUUCAGGAUUUGGAGGAAAGUAUUUCCACACAUCAAACAAAUAGUAAAGACCCGAGACAAGAGGACCAGUUGGUAUUUGGCAGUUACAAAGCUGAAGAGACAAUUCAAAGUGGCUUUUCACCAGUCAAACCUGUCCAACAUACUUCAGUAAGCUUGGAAAACUCAGCCGCAUGUCCAAGUGGCUUCCAGAUGGCCAGUGGGAAAACUGUUUCAAUUUCAGCCAAUGCAAUGCUAAAGGCAAACACUUUCUUCAAAGAUUGCACUAAUAUGGACAAUAACAAGACCAAAAGGAGUGUAGAAGAUGGACUACAUCUUGUAGGGAUUGACCCUUUACCUAAAGCAGCAUCUUCUUCACUGAAUCAUGGUUCCUCCGUUGAUAUCGUCUCUAGCAGCAGUGCUCGGUUCUGCACAGUUAGCGAGAACAAGGUGUCUGUGUCAGCCAAGGAAAUGGCAAAAGCAAAAAGUAUUUUUCAAGUUGACAACAAAAGCACAGACAGUAAAAAAGGAAGUUUCCCAGGAGUUGACCCCGUCAACCAUCAGCAAUGCGGAUUCCAAACAGCCAACGGCAUAAGAGUUGCUAUAUCUUCUGAUGCUCUUAAAAAAGCAAAAUCCUUGUUUGAUGGAAUCAAGGAUGAUGUAGAUAUUGAAACAAAAUGUUCCAAGAACCUAGCCCAUAGUCCUCCAUCAAUGGUGUGUGAGUUCCUGUCUGCUACUGGAAAGCAAAUGGUUACCAGCUACCUCUUUGAUAGUGUACCUGUUUCUACUGAAAAGAUGGAUGAAAAAACAGGAAAUGCUACAAACGUGGAGAAGAUGGACGGUUGCUUUUCAACAGCAAGUGCAACACUUGCAGGGGUGAGAAAUUUAAAAACUCCAGAUUUGAACAAUAGCUCUUUACCCACUGAAGUACUGCAAAAAGCAGAUGCUUACUUUAGAGACAUGACAGAGAGCAAUGAGGGAUUGUUAGUAAAAGAGCAGCAAACAAAGGAAAUUGUUCAAGGUGAUGGCUUUGAUGCAAAUAUGCCCAUGGUUAAAGGAUGCGGAGACAUUAGAAACAUGGAAGCUUCAUCAUUCAACAACAAAAACGAGUCUUCAACUCUACCUUCCUUCUCGCCAAAAAACACCAGAUCUUGUUCCGUGGGUGACAGUGGUUUCCAUACUGCCAGUGGAAAGAGCAGGUCUGUCUUGGAUGAAGCAAUGCUGAGAGCCAGGUCACUCUUAGAUGAUGUUGAAAAGGAAAGCCAACAGCAACAAUCAAAAGCUGCUUCUUUAACCAGCAAGGAGGACAUUUUGCAAAGUUUUGGCUUUCAGACAGCUGGCGGCAAAAGAGUUUCUGUUUCAUCUGCGGCUCUAAAGAAGGCAAAGUCCUUGUUCAGUGACUGUGAAGAUCAGGAUGAAGUCAGUGACAACAUGUUGAGGAGGCCUAAUGUGAGCAAUACCAAAAGUGUGCGUUAUAAAGCAGAUUCUGCCAAUGAAACUUUUGCGAAAGCACCCUUUGGCUUCUGGACAGCCGGUGGGAAAAGAGUGGCCAUUUCAUCUGCGGCUCUUAAGAAUGCAAAUUCCCUCUUCAGUGAUUGCCACGAAGAGGACAAAGCCAGUGAAAAGAUGUUGACUACCUCAAACAUAGAAAAUUCCCAAAGUGUGUUUUGUAGAGCGAAUUCAACCCUCCAUGCAUCUAUGUCUAACAGUAGUGGACUCUGCACAGCCAUUGACAAAAAAGACGUUGUAUCUGAUGAUGCAAUGACAAUAGCAACGUUUAUGUUGGAUGAAAGCAUCAGAGUUGAGGAUUUGGACAAACUACCCUAUCACAAAAAUGUUGGCUUCCAGACAGCCAGCGGCAAAGGAGUGGCUGUUUCAUCCGCGGCUCUCAAUAAGGCAAAAUCCCUCUUAAAUGAUUGUUAUGAAGACAAGGUGAAAGCCACUGAAAAUAUGUUACCUCUGGACAAUUCCAAACAUAUGUUUGAGCCAGCAGAUUUAAUCCCCAACGUGUCUUUGUCCAACGGUGGCGGAUUCCGCACGGCCAGUGGCAAAAAGGUUUUUGUAUCCGGUGAUGCAGUGACAAGAGCAAAGUCUCUGAUGAAUGAUACCAUCAUGGUUGAGGGCUUGGAGAAAGCGCAGUAUCACAAAAAUUUUGGCUUCCAGACAGCCAGCAGCAAAGGAGUGUCAGUUUCAUCCGUGCCUUUCAACAGGGGAAAGUCCCUCUUCAGUGAUUGUCAUGAAAAUGAGGAGAAAGUCACUGAAAAGAUGUCAAAUGUGGACAAUAUGAAACAUGCGUUUGACCCAGCUGAUUCAACCCCCCUUUCAUCUAUAUCCAGCAGUAGUGGAUUCUGCACAGCCAGCAAAAAACUGCUUGUCGUCGAUGAUUCAAUGACAAGGGCAAACUCUGUGUUGAAUGAAAGCAUUAUAAUUGAGGCCGUAGACAAAGCGCAAUAUCACAAAAAUGUUGGAUUCCAGACAGCCAGUGGCAAAAUAGUGAAGGUUUCAUCCGCAGCUAUGACGAAGGCGAAAUCCGUCUUCAGUGAUUGUCAUGAAGAUGAAGAGAGAGCCAGUGAAAAUAUGUUUGUGGAAAAUCCCAAACCUGUGUUUGACCCAGCUGAUUCAACCUCCCUUUCAUCUACAUCCGGCAGUGGUGGAUUCUGCACAGCCAGCAAAAAACUGCUUGUCGUUGAUGAUGCAAUGACAAGGGCAAACUCCGUGUUGAAUGAAAGCAUUAUAAAUGAGGCCUUAGACAAAGCGCAAUAUCACAAAAAUGUUGGAUUCCAGACAGCCAGUGGCAAAAUAGUGGAGGUUUCAUCCGCAGCUGUGAGGAAGGCGAAAUCCGUCUUCAGUGAUUGUCAUGAAGAUGAGGAGAAAGCCAGUGAAAAUAUGUUUAAUGUGGACAAUCCCAAACCUGUGUUUGACCCAUCUGAUUCAACCCCCCUUUCAUCUACAUCCAGCAGUGGUAGAUUCUGCACAGCCAGCAAAAAACUCCUUGUCGUCGAUGAUGCAAUGACAAGGGCAAACUCCGUGUUGAAUGAAAGCAUUAUAAUUGAAGCCUUAGACAAAGCGCAAUAUCACAAAAAUGUUGGAUUCCAGACAGCCAGUGGCAAAAUAGUGGAAGUUUCAUCCGCAGCUAUGAAGAAGGCAAAAUCCGUCUUCAGUGAUUGUCAUGAAGAUGAGCAGAAAGCCAGUGAAAAUAUGUUUAAUGUGGACAAUCCCAAACCUGUGUUUGACCAGACCGAUUCAACCACCCUUGCAUCUACAUCCAGCACUGGUGGAUUCUGCACAGCCAGCAAAAAAGUGCAUGUAGCCAAUGAUGCAAUGACAAAAGCAAAGUCCGUGUUCGAUGAAAACAUCAGAUUUGAGGCCUUAGACAAAGCGCAAAAUCAGAAAAAUAUUGGGUUCCAGACAGCCAGUGGCAAAAAAGUGGCAGUUUCAUCCGUGGCUCUCAAGAAGGAAAAAUACCUCUUUAGUGAAUGCCAUGAAGAUGAGGACAAACACAGUGACAAUAUGCAUAAUAGCAUGAAUGUGUACAAUCAGACUUGUGUGUUUGAUACAGCAGAUUCAACACCCCAUGCGUCUACAUCCAGCAGUAGUGGAUUCUGCCCAGUCAGUGGGAAAGAAGUGCUUGUAUCCGAUGAUGCAAUGACAAGAGAAAAGUAUGUGAUGGAUGGAAGCGUCACGGUUGAAGGCUUGGACGAUGCACACCAGCAUAAAGAUAUUGGCUUUAAGGCAGCCAGUGGCAAAGGAGUGGCCAUUUCGUCUGCAGCACUCCAUGAAGCAAAACUUCUGCUGAGUGAAUAUAAUGAGUCACAGGAUGAAGCAAAUGAUGCAUUUUAUGGUCUUUCAUCCACAAAUUGUGGAUUUUUGGCAGCCAGUGGAAAGCCUGUGACCUUCUCCACUGAGUCACUCCAGGAAGCAAAAGCUCUUUUUGAUGACAUCAGUCCCAAAAAGGAUGGCCUGCUGGCAAAGACAUCUAAUGUUAAAGAUGUGAAAAUAACCUUUCAAACCCCAACUGUGGUGGGAAUCACAGAAGCUAUGAACACAAUUUCAAAAAAAGAGAAGCCGGAAGCUGCAGAAGCAUUGAAUCACAAAGAUGGCAGCCUCAGAGGUCAGCAAAUAUUGGAACGUGAAAUAAGUGAGGCGUGCGACAGAGACACAACUGAGCCACAGAGUUUCGAAGGGCCUGCUAUGGUCAACUUUCAGUCACUAGACCUGAGUGACUGCACUGAAACCCAGCAGAUAUUUCUGGCUCAAGAAGCACUGGACUGCACCAAAGCUUUGCUGGAGGAUGAGACUCUUGCUGGGCCCUCCAUGACGUUAGAAAGUAUACAGCCGAAAAACUCCUUUUCCUGCAAAGCUGUUGGGAAAAGAUCAGCAGAAGAUGCUGAAUUGACUGACCAGCCUUCUCUGAAAAGAAGCUUGCUGGGUGAAUUUGAUAGGAGUGUCGACAGUCGUAGAGCUUCAAGACUCUGUCCACAAACAAGUUCUCCAAAUGGUUUGUUAAAGGACAGGCCGGCCUUUAAGUACAACGUCUCUCUUUAUCCCAAAAUCACAAUGCCACACAGAGACGGGAUGAGCUACAUGGAUCUCAAAUCACCAACGACAACACAGCACAGCUCAACAGCGGGAGGCAGCAGAUUAACUUUUCCCAAGAUUCCUUCAUUUGUACCUCCAUUUUUUAAGAGAAAGGAUGCGCAACAGAGCAAUGUGCACAAGAGCAACAACGCUAACACACCUCCUGCAUUUGUUCCUCCCUUCAAGAAACAAAGAACUAUUGUCCAACAGAACUCCACGAAACCUUAUGAAGAAGAAGAGGAGGAGGUGGAAAAACGGAUUUGUGCACACUUAAAUAGCAACACAAGCAACAAGGCAGACCUCCCUAGUAGGAAUCCUAUCUCUAAUCAAACCCAUUCCGCCUGUCAUGGAGCAGAGGAGAAUACAUACUGGAGUCAAGAGGUGAUGCAAGGUGAGAACAUUGAGCUGGCACGAGACAUGCAACACAUGAGGAUCAGGAAGAAGAAGCGCCAGUCCGUCCGAGCUUUGCCUGGCAGCUUGUUUCGAAUUAAAACGUCCGGCGUGACAAGGAUAGGUUUAAAAGAAGCAGUGGGUGGGAGGCCCCCAACCAAGUACAAUGAGAAACAGCUGUAUGAAUAUGGAGUCCGUCGGCAUGUGUCCCAGAUCACCAGCGAGACUGCGGAGGCUUUCUGCUUCAAACUUCAAGAGUUCUACAAUAAUGAUGCGUUUGCAGACGAAGGCGCCGUUCAACUCGCUGACGGCGGAUGUCUUAUUCCCAGCAGAGACGGGAGUGCAGGCAAAGAACAGUUUUAUAGAGCGCUCUGCGACACGCCUGGUGUAGAUCCCAAACUGCUGAGUGAGGAGUGGGUGUACAAUCACUACCGAUGGGUUGUGUGGAAGCUGGCGUCUAUGGAGCGGUCCUUCCCGCAAACAAUGGGAUGUCUCUGCCUCACCCCGGAAAGGGUUCUACUGCAGCUCAAGUACAGGUAUGACGUGGAGGUGGACCACAGCCGCAGGCCGGCUUUGAGGAAAAUCAUGGAAAAGGAUGACACCGCAGCCAAGACUAUAGUUCUCUGUGUUUGCGGGGUUGUCUCGCAGCAGGACCGCGGCGAGCCCAAGACCCCACAAGAGGGCGCCGCCCAUGUCCAGGUGGAGAAUCAGUGUGCGGUUGUGUGGCUCACAGAUGGCUGGUACGCCAUCAAAGCCCAGCUGGACCAACCGCUGAGUGCCAUGCUUGUCAACGGUCGACUGGCCGUGGGCGGGAAGAUUAUCGUCCACGGUGCGCAGCUGGUAGGGUCUCAGGAGGCUUGCUCUCCACUAGAGGCACCUGAAUCACUCAUGUUAAAGAUUUUUGCCAACAGCAGCCGGCCAGCUCGAUGGGACACUAAACUGGGAUUUUACAGAGAUCCUCGUCCGUUUUUGCUACCUCUCUCUUCUCUGUACGCCAAUGGAGGACCUGUUGGAUGCGUGGACAUAGUUGUGCUCAGAAGCUACCCCAUACAGUGGAUGGAAAGGAAGCAAGACGGAGGCGUCGUGUUCCGCUCAGCCCGUGCAGAAGAGAAGGAGGCGGAUCGAUACAACAAUCAUAAACAAAAGGCCAUGGAGAUGCUUUUUGCUAAGAUUCAGGCACAAUUUGAAAAUGAAGAAACGGAUAACAAACCUGAACAACGAAAACGGGCUAUCAGUCAUCAGGAUGUUGCAGGUCUGCAGGACGGGCAAGAGCUUUAUGAAACAGUGGGAGAGGACUUGGUUGGCCUUGAGGCUCAUCUGAGUGAGCAGCAGCUGGAGACCCUGCAAGCUUAUAGGCGCACACUGAUGGAGAAGAGGCAGGCCGACAUGCAGGAUCGCUAUCAUCGCGCGCUACAGAAGGCAGAAGACGGCGAAGCCAGUUGUCUUCAACGCGACGUCACUCCUGUUUGGAGACUCUGCGUCGUUGAUUCCUUGAAUCCAACUGGCAACAUUUACCAGUUGAACCUGUGGCGGCCAUCCUCUGACCUGCAGGCGUUUCUGAAAGAAGGCUGUCGAUACAAACUCUACAACCUUACCACUUCGGAUGGGAAGAAGCGCACUGGUGUUGCAACGGUUCAACUCACUGGAACCACAAAAACACAAUUUCAGGACCUGCGGACUUCCCCAGAAUGGUUGUCAACAUGUUUUCAAUCCAGAGUGUCUGCCAACUUUGUGGACCUUCAAGACUCAAAAUUCAAGCCCCUGUGUGGAGAAGUUGAUCUCUCUGGAUGUAUCAUCAGAGUCAUUGACAUACAAGGCACUUCUCCUGCAUUUUAUCUGGCCGAUGAGAAACUGAACUUUGUAAAAGUUCGCUGUUUCAGCAGCCUUCUUCAGGCAGGUUUGGCGGAUUUGGUGAAACCUUGCGCGCUGCUGGCACUGAGUAAUCUUCAGCUGAGAGGCCAGUCCAUUCAUCCCACACCGGUUGUGUACGCUGGAGAUCUCUCAGUUUUUUCUGCAAACCCCAAAGAAGCAUAUCUUCAGGAGUCCCUCAGCCUGUUUAGAAACCUCCUCCGGGACCAGGACAAUUUCUUUCUCUCUGCUGAGGAGAAGCUAUCACGUCUACUGAAGUCUGAUGGCCACAGUACUGUCGGCUCUACAGCACUGCCUCCUACAACGCCUACGUUUGCUUCCGACAACCAACACAUGAAGCCAAAAUCUCAGCAGCCACUACGAAGCCUGAGCUGCUUCACUCCUGUGAGUAGGAAUCUUCCUCCAGCUGACAGUUCCACAGAGAAAGACCCUCGAAGCCUGAAAAAGAGGAAAGCUUUGGACUUCCUUUCCCGUGUGGCGUCUCCUCCUCCAUUGUUCCAUCUGGGGCCAGCGGCAUCACCUGCUUUAAAAAAGACAUUCAAUCCUCCUCGAAGAUCCGGGACGCCCAGCACUUUAAAAACUGAUCAAACACAUGUCCCUAAACUUGUCUUGGCCCCCGCAGAGGAGGAAUGGGUGAAGGAUGAAGAGCUUGCCAUGAUCGAUACGCAGGCGUUACGUGUCUGUGAUUCACUUUAAACUGUUACUUACAGUAGACUGUAUUGUAUUGUACUAUAAGUUAAGUCUAACUUCAAAAACAGGUUCAAUAAAUCUGUUUUCACCUGUUA